CCGGCGGAGGGCGUGGCUAGCAACGGUCGCGCGCAGAGGGGGCGGGAUCCGGGCGUCGGCGUUGGGGACGCGCGCAGGUCCCAGAAGAGAUCCGGGGGGGCGCGGAGAGGACCGGGCAGGGUGCACCGCCUUUUCCUUCCCCCGGGAAACCGGAGCCGGAAGACUGAAAUUCAUCAAGCAAGACAAUUUGAAGUUCAGAAGGCUUUUCGUCCGUGACAUGAAACCCUGAAAAGUGCAGACUGGAUUGAGGAGAAGAUGGGAGCAGCAAGCAGCAGCAUUCAUGACCUUCCAGAAAACGAAUAUUUGAAGAAACUGACCGGGCGAGAGGCCAUCUCCGAGAACGACCCCUUUUGGAAUCAGUUGCUUUCUUUUAGCUUUACCAUCCCCACAAACAGUGCCGAGCUGAAACUCCUGGAAGAAGCUUCGGUGUCUGUCUGCAAGUCUUUAGUGGAGAAUAAUCCUCGGACAGGAAAUCUUGCUUCGCUGAUUAAAGUCUUCCUUUCCAGAACCAAAGAAUUACAGAUUUCAGCAGAAUGUCAGAACCACCUCUUCAUCUGGCAGGCCCAGAACGCCCUCUUCCUUAUUUGCUGCCUGCUGAAAGUUUUGAUCUGUCAGAUGCCAGAAGAGCAACUGCAGCUUCACUUCACCUAUGAGGAAAAAACCCCGGGCUCCUACGCAUCUGAAUAUGAAGAUCUUCUGGAAGAAUUGCUCUGCUGCCUCGUUCAGCUGAUUGUUGAGGUUCCUCUUCUAGACAUUACCUACGGCAUUUCACUGGAGGCUGUCACAACCCUGGUCGUUUUUCUGUCCUGUCAGCUUUUCCACAAGGAAAUUCUGCGGAAGAGCAUCAUUUAUCAGUAUCUCAUGCGUGGCCGAUGCCUCGGGUACACCAGCCGACUGGUGAAAACCUUGCUGUACAACUUCAUCCGUCAAGAGCGGAGCCCUCCUCCCAGCUCCCAUGUCUUCCAGCCGGAGUCCGAAGGAGGAGGACUACUAUACGGAAUCGCGUCCGGAGUAGCAACUGGCUUGUGGACAGUCUUUACACUAGGAGGAAGCAAGCGAGCCUCCCAGCAGGAAGAGUCAUCACCUCUCGCAAAUCAAAGUCUGUUGCUGCUGCUCAUCUUAGUAAAUCUGACCGAUGCUGCAGAUACACCCAACCCUUAUAAACAAUCGGUUGUGUCCUUCAGGAACACACAAGAUAGCACAGCGUUGUCUUCACCAAAUCCUCAUGCUUUCCAGAUCAAUUUUAAUAGUUUGUACACCACGUUGUGUGAGCAGCAAAACUCUGACCACGCCACCCUGCUCUUGUAUAGCCUUUUGCACCAGAACAGCAAUGUUCGAACAUAUAUGUUGGCCCGGACAGAUAUGGAAAACCUGGUUUUGCCAAUUCUUGAGAUUCUUUAUCAUGUUGAAGAAAGGAAUUCACAUCACGUUUAUAUGGCACUGAUAAUUUUGUUAAUCCUUACGGAAGACGACGGCUUCAAUCAAUCCAUUCACGAAAUUAUCCUGAAAAAUAUUACUUGGUAUUCAGAGCGUGUGCUGACCGAGAUUUCGCUGGGGAGCCUUCUGAUUCUCGUCGUCAUAAGGACCAUUCAGUACAACAUGACAAGGACAAGGGACAAAUACCUCCAUACAAACUGCUUGGCAGCCCUAGCCAACAUGUCCGCCCAGUUCCGCUCGCUUCACCAGUACGCCGCGCAGAGAAUCAUCAGCUACACCUGCCGCCAUUUGCGGAGAUACGUCUGUGUCUUGGACAGAUUGUAUUUCCCCCGCCAGUCCCACUGCUCUGCGCUGGAGCGUUGCUUCUCAGCCCUCGGGGACCACGGAGAGGAACUCUUGACUUUAACUUGCUCUCACAUGCUCAGAUCCUAUGCUUCCAGGUUGUGAACCUCCGCUCUCCACUUACCGCAUGCUGCAUGCCACGCGUGACCGGCCUGUGCAUGAGCGAAGGGGGCAAGUGGGAGGCGCGGAAAGUGUGUGUGGGGGGGAGGCUGUCAGAUUUUAGAUGGCCAGUAACUUUUACUAACAAAGCAGCCGCUGGUGU